UUGAGAGGAAGCUGCUUUAUAUUCUCUGUGUAUCAGACGUGGGACGAGGGUCUUGCCAUCACUGCAGCAGCGUGGGCGAGGAACUGUUUGUUUGAACACAACGUAGACCUCAAAGAUGUCCGCCGUAUGCAUGCUACCUUCUCCUCUGUUGGAGAAAACCUCUGGGCUGGAUUCCCAGCGUCAGAUUUCAACGUGAGGAGUGCAAUCAAAAGUUGGGUGGAUGAAGUACACCAAUACAACUUCGACGAAAACAGCUGCUCAGGCGUCUGUGGCCACUACACACAGGUUGUGUGGGCGAGCAGCUACAAGGUUGGCUGUGCCGUGCAGCUGUGCCCGAACGGAGUCAAAAGCACAAGCUUUGCUUCUCGUGAGGGGGCUAUCUUUGUGUGCAACUAUGCUACUGCGCUAAGGGGCGGGACAUCUCUAAGAGGUUGACCAAUAACAAC